GCAGUUUAGUAAUAAUAGUCGUUUCGGCUAAUUAUUCUAAAUUAAUUAAACAUCUUAGUAUAGUUUUUAAUUCAUUAUUGCUAGUGAUGUAGGUAAAUGUUGACAUUUAGGUAAUUUAGAUAACUCAGAAAGUCGAAGAAGAGCAACACCAUGAUUAAUGAAUCUUUCGAAUUGUCAUCGGAUGAUGAGGCCAUUGACCUAUCAGGCCAUUUGGACUCUUCAGUUACCGUAGGUGAGCACGCGUUUAGCCAAAUGCAAGGAGACUUAGAUCAGCAGCGUCUUCUGGGAGAACGUCCGCUUAAUGAUCCUUUGGCGGAUAUUAUGGUUAGGGAAAUUCAACACCAAGAAAGAUACGAACGUCUUCUUAGGAGAGCGAAAGCAGAAGAUCUUAGUGAAGUCUCUGGCAUAGGCUGUUUAUAUCAAAGUGGUGUCGAUAGGUUGGGUCGUCCAGUUGUUGUCUUCGUUGGUAAAUGGUUUCCGUUUAACAAACUUAAUCUGGAUAAGGCUUUGUUGUAUUUGAUAUUGUUACUGGAUCCCAUUGUUAAAGGCGAUUAUGUGAUUACAUAUUUCCACACAUUAACUUCAAAUAGUAAUUAUCCUUCAUUCUCAUGGCUUAAAGAAGUAUAUAACGUUUUGCCUUAUAAAUACAAGAAGAAUCUAAAAGCCUUUUAUAUCAUUCAUCCGACAUUUUGGACAAAGAUGAUGACCUGGUGGUUCACGACUUUUAUGGCUCCCGCAAUUAAGCAAAAAGUCCAUAGUUUGCCAGGUGUAGAAUAUUUAUAUGCCGUUAUGUCUCCAGAGCAACUCGAAAUUCCCGCUUAUAUUACAGAAUACGACAUGUCGACAAAUGGUUUGCGGUACUUCCAACCGGGAGCACAAACGUAAAAGUAAUAUUGUGAUCGUUACUGACCAAUGUGCCCAAGAUUUCAGUGAUAAAUUGCAAUAUUAGACUUGUGCUAUGCUGUGCUGUGCCAACUUGUUAAACUAUAGUUACGAUGCUAUGGCUAGGGUAGAAAUUUCACAAUGGAGUUGAAAUUACAUUUUUAUUUAACCUUUUUUGAGGUCACAUUCCGUACUGAAUUUAAUCACAUUUUAAGAUUUUGUAAUGUCUAAUUUAUUUAUUAUCACUGUGUGUGUUAAGUAAGUCCAUCACAAAUGUGUAUUUGUUUGAUUUGUAAUUGUACUAGAUUAAACGAACUUACCUGGU